ACAGAAAGAAGACACAACAGGCUUGUAUCUUCCUUGGACAUGAGUGAGGUUUUGACGAAGCCAGACGUGACGGAGCCACCCAGCAUGGCGGGACAAACGGAUCAGGUGGCGCUGCUGUGUGACACGAGUGUUGAUCCAGGCGCAGCAAGAUCAGCUGGACGUCAGCGGCAUUUUGUUCCACUGGCGUCACUGACUGUGCUCAUCAUCUGCUUGUUGGGACUCGUAAUACUAAUUUUGUAUGGAAGAGAACACUUGGGAAUGUCAGAAAGAGAGAUCGUGCACACAGAAAACAGACAACAGACAACAGAAAAAUACGAGUACGAUGUGCCCGUGGCUGUUGACACCGCCAGCACGCCGGUGAUGGAGCAGGAUGCACCAGGGGCCUUGACAGGGACGACUGAUAGCAAGGUUUAUUCUAAUGGUGUUAUACUAGAAAUUGAUGAAGUCCAGAUCGACGAAGAAGUUGUGGAAGAAAACGGUGACUCCUUGGGAACCUCGGAUGAGUUGAGAGGUCUCCUGGAAAGCGUGGGAGAAGAACCAACAGACCCGGAUGCUGUGGCCUUCCUCCUGCCGCUCCGAGGACACGUUGGAGACCUUGGCAUGCGGCUUGGCCGACGCCUCAAGAGUGUGAUGGAACAGUCAGUGGAGCAUGUCGGCAAUGUGUCACAGUUCAUCCCAAGCUCCAUCCUGGUCAGGGAUACACAGUGCGAACCAGAAAUCACAAGGUCGCUGGCAGAACACUUCUACGAGGUGCAUGGCGUCACGCGCUACUUUGGCCUCCUGACGGACGAAGAGAUCAUGACGGUAGCUUUGUGGGCGCGGACAAGAGCACCAGGAACGCGCUUUGUGUCGCCCACGGCUACUUCUCCUUACCUGGAGAUAGCGAAGAACGUAGCGACGGUACAGCCGUCCGCUAAUAUGUUAGCAUCGGCAGUGGCUGACUUCCUUUUAACAGUGCAGGCGCCGCACCCUCUCGUGGUCGUCAAGGCGUCCUUCCACACGGAUGCAUUCGUGUACCUCCUGCGCUUCUCUGGCAUCCGUCCUGCUAAGGUACUGCAUUAUUACCACACCACCAACAUGAGUGAGCUGGCAUGGCGAGUGCAGAGCCACCUGGUGUUGUCCUCCUCCCCUGUGAUCCUGUUGGGGGACGCAGAAAGCUGGUUCCUUGUGGAAGCCGUCGAUCGUCUUAUAUCUGCAGUGUGGAUUCUUCCGUAUCCGACGCAGCCUUGUGAAAUAGCGCGAACAAAGCAGUCGGAGUUGAUAAGCUUUAUUUACCGCGCACAUGACGACGUCCCAGGCACAUUUUUGCAAAAACAACCCAUGUUAGCACCUAUGGAGUCAGUAAUCAGGGCCUCGCACUGGCUUCUUAGUGGCAAGAGGCGCUGGUGGCGAGGAUCGUAUGUAGUAGCGGCAAACGUGGCGGUAAAUUCUGUGGCGGCAGGGGUGAGGCUACUUGGAAAUUCCGAUGGUUGGCUGCCCUUGCUUCAGUACGACCUCACUUCUACGGGCAUUGGUCGACGCCUCUAUCAAGAACUGCUAGUGACAAAAGAUCUGCUCAAACCUCUAUUAUCGGGUGAUAACUGCAGCUUAAUCAUUCGUUACCAACAGGAACUCACAGGAGAAAGUAAGGUGAGCGAGAUGGCUGUGCAUUCCUCCCUCCCAACACUGCUAGUGCCGGCUGAACGCGGCGCCCAGCUGCACGUCGAUUGCCGUCGCCAGCACGCAGAUCUGCGCUGUUCUGCCCCAAGGGAUGCCUGGGCUCCCGUCACGUGUCACGGCUCCCUUCAAGGCGGCCAUAUCUUUGCGAGGGAGUGUGGAAAAGAAGUAGGUAUCCGUGUUGCAGCUUCCCAAGGAUGCACAGGGGCACGGGGCAUGGUGUGCCGCGGGGGACGUUCCUUGGGUUGCCUCUUGUCCGGCCUGUGUACAUCCGUCUCCCUGGCGUCGGCACCCAUUUACCAGUGCGCCGGCAUCAAUCUGGAUACCAUAGACUUCGAGAAGUUAAGGCCAUGAAACAUCAUACACUGUCUGAAAAACUUUCACAAUCCUGGCAACAAACGAUCAUGAAAUGAAAGCCAGAAUAAUAUGUUUAUCAAGAUGUGCUCGUAUAUAUGUAUAAAUCAGAAAGGAAAUGUUAAAUAGACGACAUAUUCUGACUUGCUGAGCAUCAAAUUAAUUUCUUCUAUGU